CUCUGUUAGGAGCUAAUGCUGUUCUCGAAGAUGUUUACCAGUAAACUGUAACAUUUGGGAAACUAAAAUGUCACACCAAAGAUCGUCCUUCUGCUUCGGUAUUUGUGGUGCACAGAAUUAUGCAUUCUUGUGUAGGAAUGACUCGGAAUGCUAUCACAAACCUGUUACAUUUUUGUACCACUAUUUUCAGUGCUGCUGUGCCUUCAUGCAGUGGAUGAACUGCUAUGAUAGGAGGGUAAGACGGACUAGACCUGCACAGGAAGACAGCAGAAAUGAUCUGGUUACCCCUCCACGGCGGUCCAGAGUGAACGGCUGGUCAUUGCCUAUGCACUCCUUCCAGCUUGUCGCUUGGCUGUUCUACACAUAUCUGGCUAUUGUAGGGUUUGGAAUCUACAUACCUCUGCUGCCUUACAACUGGAAAUAUGCUGGCUACAGUAUAAUUGGCAUAACGUUUGCUUCUCACUUUGUUGUGCAUAUAGCUGCUGUCUCCAUUGAUCCUGCAGACCACAGUGUACGUGCCAAGAACAAUUAUAGGAAUCCAAUGCCAGUUUUAGACAGGGUGAAGCACCCCCAUGCAAUACAGAACCUGCAUUGCUACCUGUGUGAAGUCAAUGUUGGACUAAAAGCAAAACACUGCAGUAGUUGCAAUAAGUGCAUCUCUGAUUUUGAUCACCACUGCAGAUGGCUGAAUAACUGUGUUGGGGGACGGAACUACUGGUUUUUCUUCUGUACUGUGCUUUCUGCAGUCCUUGGGAUUAUUCUGAUGGUGCUUGUGAUCCUGUAUGUUUUCAUCGAACAUUUUAUGAACCCUACUCAGCUGCGCACUGCUCCUCAGUUUCAUGGUAUAUUGGCAUCUGUUUUCCUGUUAAAAUAUUCAUUUUUCUCUAAAGAUAUUCAGGAGAACAGCACGUGGCUGGCAUUUCUUCCGGUGUCUCCCGUGGAAACAACGUCAGCAGGGAUUCUGGUUCCAGCAUUCAUUUCCAUUCUCAUGGGGUUGGCCUCUCUCUUGUUGCUUGGGAAUUUACUUAUAUUCCAUAUUUACCUGUUGGCAAAGAAGCUGAGUACGUAUGACUAUAUAGUGAAACAGAGGCACGCUCCAAGUAUUAAAAACCAAGACAAGGAUUUGGAAUCAACAUUCAGAUCUCAGAAUGUGCCAGCAAUGCAGACCUCUAUUGGUUGUGAUUCACCCUUAUCUGCAAGGUCCAGUGCUUUCAAGUACCAGGAUAGACCCCGCGUAACCAUUAAGCAGUCCAGUGGUGAUCGUGCAGGGGGAGAAAUCAAACAAGUAACCAGUGAUACAAGUGAGAAUUCAUACUAUAAUCCAAAACAGGCCACUCAAAGCUUAGCAGUAAACUUGGAAGGUGAAUGUUUGGUGGAUUCAAAUGGAGGCUUUAAGUCUGCAUCUAAACAGAAGCCAAAUAAUUCCUUCCAAGAAAGUGUGGAAUCCAUAGAGCAAAUCCAAGUAGCCCAAAACCCUCUAGGGAGUUGUGCCAAGCAAAGUACCCCCUCACAGCAGUCAAAACAUGCAGCUAUGCAGCCCAUCACAACUCCCUCUCCCUAUGCAUCUGAGAACUCAGGGAAUUCAAGACAAUCGUUUCUUAGGACAUCUUUAUCAAUGGACACAACCCAUUCUGAACAGGCAUUGUCAAGUAUAGGAACCUCACACUUCAUGGAUGGAAGUCAAAGGGGUUCCCAUGAAGUGUCUCUUCAUACAACAGAUGUUAAUUCCCUCUGCUUGGGCAACAGCAUUCUUGAAACAGACAUAGAGAGUGACCCAAGCUGAGAAUAAGACAGCAUGCACUUUGUUUUCUUUUUGAAUUUAUGGUGGAUUACCCCCUCAACACCACAAGGCCUAUCCUUUCGAAGUCUUGAACUGGACAUGAAAGCUGGGACACACUGCACAGCUGCUCUUUUUUUAAUUCUUUAACUUUAUUCUUGUUGAAAAGAAAUGGACCUGGAAGUUUUACAGUUCCCAGCCGUGAUGACUAAUGGCAAUGAAACUUCAAUCUGCACUAUUUAAAUUAAGUGAAAAGAAACAAAAAUUAGAUUUAAUAACAUGCUGUACUUUUAUAUUGUUUAAGUGUUUGUCUUCAUCCAUCCCUCCCCAAAAUGUAAAAGAUUAUGUUAAAAUUAUUUCAGUAUUAAGCUAUAUGUUUAUACUUUUAUUUAUAGCCAAUGAUGGAAGCACUGAGUUGAUUUGAGUGAUUUAAUUUUUAAUUUGUUCUGUUUGAACCUCAAAUCUUUAAAGGAUAUUUAUAGAAUAAAACAAAUAACAACUGUUCUCUCUGAUGCUCUUUUUUUAUUGAUUUUUUUUAAUAUAAAAAGUUUUUUUUGGCAAAUCUUUCUUUUAUGUUUCAAGGAUCCUAUCUGUUAUUUACUAUCUGCUAUAUAAGCAAUAGCUAUAGUGUCUAGAACUAAGACUGUAGGUUGAGAUGUUUAUAUUAGAGGGAGGCUAGUUAUUAUUAUUAUUUUUUUUUUUUUUUUACAAACUAUUUAAAAUAUUGUCCCUUGUCGGGUUUAAUUUAAGUCAUUAACCUGAUGAGUUCAGUAUGAAUAGAAUACCUACCCUCAGUCAUUGGUAACAAUAAACACUGACUGACUGAGCAGGACAGUGCACAAGCACUGCAACAUCAUUUUCUAAAUAUUGAAUUUUAAAAAAUAAUUUACAGUGCCUUUUCAUGGGUUACCACUGACAAGAAGCAAUGUAUUAUACUUAGAAACAGAAACUGUAAAUUAUGUAUUCUUUGUUCUGGGAAGCAGUUAAAUACUUAGGUGAUAUUCAUUGAACUUCAGAGUUUUUAGAUACCACGUAGGUUACAUUGUAUAUAUUUUUUGGCCAUGAAUUGUAAAUUAUAGUAUAUUAUAUUAUAGUACAAUACUAACAUGUGUAUAAAAUCUAGGCUCUUAUGAAACCACUUUAAAAAUGCUUUUCAAUAGGGUUUUGUAUUUUGGUUCUAUUUGACUUUUUUAUAUUAUAACUUGAGUACAUUUUCACCAAGCAACCUGAAACUUGGUAGAAAGUCAGAUACAACCCCAAGGUCCAAGACCCUAAACCACCAGCAGGUUUCUGAGUGUGUAAAUGUGAUGUCUGAGGGUGGCAACUAACUCUAGUUUUCAUAAAGUCUGCCAUUUGAAAUGUACAGUUUAUAACUUUUCCUCUAAAGGUAAUGAUAACAACUCAAUGUAAAUGUAUCACUCUUUACCACAAGAGGGCAGAAUCUGUUUACAAGAAAUGUACCACAGUUAAAUUGCUUCACUCCCAGGCAAAAGCUUUUGGUCUUCUGUUUUCACAUCUUUGCCUUUUUCGGUAUUGUAUUUAACAUCAUCCAAAAAAAUUAAUUAAUUAAAAACACAAUGGGCUUUUGCAUGACAUUUAAAUAACUCUUAUUGUGCAGUAUUUACCAGGCUACUUUUCAAGCAUGUUUGGUAUAUAUUGCUAAGUGAACGCUUUGAAAUGUUGACAACAUUGUCUUUAACUCAGUUUGUGCUCUUGUUAUUUAGCUAACAGCUUUGUACCUACUUUAUUUAAUGAAUAAGCCUCUUUUUAAAGUUAAACCCACAUUUGUUUACUUACGUUGUACAGGGUAUGUGUUCCAUAUGUGUGUGUGAAUAGUAAUUUUGUGCAAUAAUAUGAGCACUAAUCCCUAACCAAAACUUUGUGAUUAGAGAUGUUUCAAGAAUAAAAGGGUUUAUUAGAAUGUUUAAUGUAUUUUGGAGAAUUUCUCCAUUUUGCCUGUGGGAGUCACUGAUCACAUGCCAUGGAUGCAACCUGAAAAAGUAGCUCAACAUGGCCUGCAUCCACAUGCAAAAAUGUGUGUUUGACCUAGAUAGAGACACGUGGAGGUGCUUCCAUAUACAUAUUCUAAUAUUCUUGAUAACUACAGCAUGUUAAAAAAAAUGUCCUUUUUCAAGUAUAAUCGCAACUGAAAAAGUGCUACACAAGAUAAAUGUAAAACACAUGGAUCACACAAGAUCCCCAAAUAAAUCUCAACAUGUCAAGAUCAAAAAAUAAAUGAUCUCAAGAUCUUGAUAUUUCAUUCCUUUAUGUAGACAUGCA